GAAGCACUUGGUACAGUCUGGCUGUGGGUGAAAGUAUUUAAACCUUUCUUGGAGUCAGUCCAAUCUCAUACUUGUGUGAUCAGCACAUCUGGAUCAUUAUAACGCUCUAAAGGCUUCUCCCAGUCAGCCAUGCGCCGUCCUGGGGUUCAGAUGUGGUCGUGGGCACUUUGUGUCUUGUUGGGCCAGAUGUGUUUAAAGCAAGUGACAGCAGGACCGCUGUACAUGGUAGUUGUACCUGCAGUUCUUGAAGCAGGAGCUCAAACCCAAUUCUGUGCAAAUCUCCUGCAGCCAACUGAAAAUCUGCUCAUGACCAUCACCCUGACUUCUGAUGAGAAGGUCAUGACCCUCCUGAAUAAGAGGUCUAAUAAGGAGUUUAAUAUCUGCACUGCAUUUAGGGUUCCUCUUGUGCAGAAAGAUGUGAUUCAGAAUUUCACGGUGGAGGUACGGGGUGGCACAUUUUACUCCCAAGAAGUCAUGAGAGUAAUGUUCAAAGUCUAUAAACCAGCAACGUUCAUUCAAACAGACAAGCCCAUCUACCUCCCUGGACAAACUGUAAAUUUCAGAGUUGUCACCCUGGAUACAAAGCUCAGACCUGUCAAUCAGCUGUAUGACACCAUAGAAAUUCAAGACGUUAACAAGAACCGGAUUGGACAGUGGUUGAAUGAAACAUCCGGUGGUAAAAUCUUGCAGCUUCUUUACCCCCUGAACUCUGACGCUCGUGAGGGAAUCUACACAAUCACUGUGUCCAUCGGUGACCAGACAGUAUCUCAGGACUUCAAGGUGGAGAAAUAUGUUUUGCCCAAAUUUGGCGUAACGAUAGCUGCAUCUGAUGAAGUUAGUGUUGGGCAGACUGAAAUCACAGCUGACGUGUGCGCAGAAUACACCUAUGGUCAGCCUGUACCAGGAAGUGUUAAAGUUAGCAUGUGCCGACCUGUGCAACAGUACUAUUACAUUCCAGUUCCAGCUGAUGUAACUGCUCCAUGCUACAAUGAUACCAAGCAGACCAACAAGACAGGCUGUGCCCGUUUCAGCUUUAAGAUGUCAACUUUCACAAAGGCAGACAAGGUGCUGCAGGAUGUGUUGGAUCUUCUUGCCUCUGUGGAGGAGGGGGGAACAGGUGUUUCACAGAAAGCAGAGAAACUGAUAACUGUUUCAUUUGUUCUUGGGAAGUUGUCCUUCACUGAGGUUCCCAAUGUUUAUGUCAAAGGCUCGACCAUUCAGGGAAAAGUUAGCGCAGUCGACUACAGCAAUGCACCCAUUCCCAACAUGGAACUCUACCUGUUUGAGGGAGAAAUCUGGUCGCAGUCUCAGCCGCUACAGAAUCUCACAACUGAUUCAAAUGGUGUCGCCAUGUUCUCAUUUAGCACAAAGGACUACAGCGGAAACAUCCACCUCUACGUGAGCAACACACCUGUCCUGACCUACCCUCCAUAUCGAACUCCGUACUAUGAAGCUGGGGACAUCACGCUGUCUUUGGCCCAACCGGUCUCUGCAGAUACUCAGACAGUCAGCUCCCUGGUGGUCACGAACAAGGAUAACCCACUUUCCUGUAAUGUAAAGGAAAAAAUCUCCAUCCAGUACACUGUGGUUGGAGAGCCCGAGGGAAACGUGUACCUGAUGUAUCUGGUUAUAUCCAGGGGAGCAAUUGCCAUGCAAGGAUUUCAGAAGAUUCAGUUGCCAAAAAAAUCAGUGGUUGAAGGUGAGGUGUCCUUUGAGCUCAAAGUAUCUCCAGAAAUGGCACCGGUGGUCCAGGUUGUAGCUUACAGCGUCCUCCCCAGUGAGACGGUGAUCGCCAGCAGUACAGACUUCACCACGGAGAAAUGCUUCAGAAACAAUGUGUCUGUGGCAUUUUUCCCACCGUCAGCAGUUCCAGGGGAGACGACCAACCUGCAGGUGACUGCUGAUCCAGGCUCUCUGUGUGGCGUCAGUGCUGUCGACCAGAGCGUCUUCAUCAUGGAGCCAGGAAAGAAUCUAAAUGCAGAUAAGAUAUUUAAUUUGCUGCCAGUCACACAAGCUUCUUACAUCCCGUAUGAGGUUCAAGAUCCGACUGAAUGUUUGCUUCUAAGAGCAAGAAGAGCCAUUCUUCCAUACCCCAGAAGUGAUGACGCCUUUACUCUUCUCCAGAACGUAGGACUGAAGAUGGCGACAAACCUGUUUAUUCGGAUACCUUCAUGUAUCAAGUUCAAAGGGAGACUUUACUACCUUGGUAAUGCAUUUUAAUGUCUUACAGUUAAAUGCUUAUCUUUGCAUGUAAGUAACAAUAUUCUGGUUUUGUCAGAUGGAGGCAUAAGGUAUGGUUUUCCAAUGGCUUUGCCAAUGGCAGCUCCAGUUGGAGCUGUAAUGGCCCCUAAUGCUCCACUGCUCGGAGGAGCUGUAAUGGCCCCUAAUGCUCCACCGCUUGUUACCGUUCGUGUUUUCUUCCCUGAGACUUGGUUAUGGCAGCUGGUGGACGUUGGAAUGCUUGGGGAGAAGAAUGUGUCCCUCACGGUCCCAGACACCAUCACCACCUGGGAGACGGAGGCUUUCUGUUUGUCCCCUCAGGGUUUUGGUUUGGCUCCUCGUAAACAGAUCAAGGUCUUCCAGCCCUUCUUCCUGGAGCUCACUCUGCCCUACUCCAUCAUCCGGGGGGAGAACUUUGUGCUGAAGGCGACUGUCUUCAACUACCUCAGCAGCUGCAUCAUGGUCAGUGUGACUCCAAAACCUUCGGUUGACUACAUCCUCACGCCUCUGUCUGGUAACCAGUACACGUCGUGCCUGUGUGGCAGCGAGCGUAAAACCUUCAGCUGGACCUUGGGCCCAAUAACGCUAGGGUCAGUGAACGUGUCUGUGACUGCCGAGGCUGUGGCGUCACUCGUUCCGUGUCAGAACGCAGCAGUGAGCCGGCCAGAAAGAGGUCGCAUCGACGUGGUCACAAAGCCUCUCAUCGUGAAGGCUGAAGGAAGCGAGGUGACUCAGACCUACAACUGGCUGCUCUGUCCAAAAGGACAGAGUUUAACAGAUGAAAAGACUGUCCAACUCCCAAAGAACAUGAUCGUUGGAUCUGCCCGUGGCUCCGUUUCUGUCCUCGGUAAGAUUGCAGCUACAGGCGACAUCCUGGGCCGAGCCCUGCAGAACCUGGAUGGCCUGCUGCAGAUGCCGUCUGGCUGUGGGGAGCAGAACAUGGCUCUUCUGGCUCCUGACAUCUACAUCCUCCAGUACCUGACGGACACAAAUCAGCUGACCACAGCCACCCGAGAAAAGGCCACAAAGUUCCUAAUCAGUGGCGUCCAGAGACAGUUCAACUAUAAGGAUAAUGCUGGAGCUUACAGCACCUUUGGCUCAGGACCAGGAAACACAUGGCUCACAGCGUUUGUGGUGAGGUGCUUUGUUAAAGCUCAGUCCUUCAUCUACAUUGACCCAACGACAAUCGACCAGUCAAAGACCUGGUUGAUAGGUAAACAAAAGACAACUGGCUGCUUUGAAAUGUCUGGGAAACUCUUCCACAGCACAAUGAAGGGUGGAGUGGCUGAUGAGGUCUCUCUCAGUGCUUACAUCACUGCUGCCUUCUUGGAGAUGGACAUGCCUGUAGAUAGCCCAGUGAUGACCAACAGCCUGUCAUGUCUGCGGAACUACACUAAAAUCAAUGACACCUACACUACAGCUCUGCUGGCCUACGUCUUCACUCUGGCAGGAGACGUGGAGACUCGUUCUCUCCUUCUGCAGCAACUGGACACUGUCUCAAUAAAACAAGGAGGUUUCCUCUACUGGUCUCAGAGCUCAGUAGAAACUUCAGCCUCUCUGUCUGUGGAGAUCAGCUCCUAUGUGUUACUGGCCAAACUCAGUGCCUCACCUACAGCUGAGGACCUGGGCUACUGCUCCAGUAUCGUUAGGUGGCUGAUGGGGCAGCAGAACCAGUAUGGAGGUUUCUCCUCCACCCAGGACACAGUGGUGGCUCUCCAGGCUCUGGCUCUCUACUCCGCUCUGGUGUUCAGUCCAACAGGUUCCAGCACAGUGACGGUCCAGUCUCCCAUUAGCAAGCUGACAUUUGAUGUGAACCAGAACAACAAGCUGCUGUACCAGGAGAAGAAGCUGCAGCCGAUCUCGGGAAAAUACAGUCUGACUGUGAAGGGGAGUGCGUGUGCAUCAGUACAGAUCUCUAUUACUUUCAAUGUGCCAACUCCCAGCACCGUCAAAAGUCUUAGUGUGAUGGUCAAACCAGAAUCAAACACCUGCCAAUCAGCCACCUCUAAAGUCACUCUGAGAAUUAAAUCUCUAUACAAUGGAACACAAAAGGGCACAAACAUGGUGAUUGUGGACAUCACAAUGCUCUCUGGCUUUGUCCCUGACCCAGAGUCUCUGAACAACCUCCAAACUGGCUCACAGGUGGCUAAAGUUGAACAAACACAAGAUCGGGUUGUAAUUUACAUUCCAGAGCUGUUAACGGGCACAGCAGUCGACUGCAGCCUGGAUCUUGUGGAGGAGGUGCGGGUACAGAAACGGAAGGCUGCUGUGGUCAAGAUUUACGACUACUACUUGCCUAGCAACCAGGCACAGACUGAAUAUGUGGACCCUUGUGCUGCAGCUUGAAGAGCAAAGCGAGGGCUGGGCCAUUGAUUCAACUGUUUUUAUGUAACAAAUAAAAUGAAUGUCCCAAUGCA